GCAGCCUCUCCAACGUGACAUCUAACCCCCGCCCAGCCUCCCUCAAGGGCGGCCCCCGGCCCUCCUACGUCUGCUCCAGCAGCAUGGGCCGCCGGCCGCAGCUGUGCCUGGGUUAUGCCUGCCAGCCCCUGACAUGGGUGCCCUUCGUCUGCACGCCCGCCACCUACCGGACAGCCAGCUGCGUCUCCAAGGCCUACCUGUCCAGUCCUGCCGGCCCAGCAGCUGUGGGCCGACCAGUGGCAUCUCCAGCUCCAUAGGUACCUGCAGCUGGUCCUGCAAAGGCUCCUUCAAUGGCAACAAGAAGGGGACCAUGCAGUCCCUGAACAACUGCCUGACCAGCUACCUGGAGAAGGUGCGGCAGCUGAAGCGGGACAACACGGAGCUGGAGUGAGAGAUUUAAGGGGCCUGCCAGUCUCAAGGGCACACCUUGUGUCCUGACUACCAGUCUUAUUUCAAGACUAUAGAGGAACUUCAGCAGAAGGUGAGGGCAAGUGGUGAACAGAUUCCCUGGGAGGGCGAUUGGAAUAGCUGGCCUUCCAGAUUUGAAUCUCAUUAAUUGAUGAAGCGAUGGUCAGGGAAAGAGACUUCCCUAGGGUGUAGAAUUAUCUCAUGAUUUGAGUGCUCAGCCAGAGCCCUUAAUCUGGAAAAAGGUCUGAGAUCUAGUCUCAAUUCUGUCAUUGAUCCAUUACAUGACUCUAGGAGGUCCCUUCCCUGGGCCUCAGUUUCCUCAUGUGUAAAAUGGGGAUGAUGAUGGUCCUUAUGUUGAGAAGAUUCCAUGGGUUGAUGCCGGUAAUGCGCUUAGCACAGCCCCUGGUACCUGGUGAGUUUUCAGUAAAUGUAAGUGCUUAAGGACCCUUCUAACUGUCAUGUGAAUGAAUCCACACUUAACAGAGUAUUUCCUUCCAUGUUGCUCAUUGCAUCCAAAGUGGGACAUGCAACUUUAUGAAGACCCAGGUACUUAAAAAAAAAACAAACAAACUCAUGCUCUUGAAGGACCAGCAAUUCGCUGAAUAUCCCUCAGAGUUCCAGGACCUUCUGCAGGGAUGGCUGCGGGACCGCUGAGCCCUAUCAGUCCUCAUUUGGGUUCUUUUUCUUUCUUCUUGUCCUGGACUGACCCUCUGUGUGUGCUGUGGCCCCUAGGUUCUGUGUACCAAGGCAGAGAAUGCCAGGAUGGUUGAGCACAUUGACAACACCAAGCUGGCAGCUGACAGCUUCAGGACCAAGUGAGUUUGGCCAGCAGCUGGGGGAGACUCGCUCCCGCACAUGCUUGGGGGCCGCGAUCCACUGGUUCCGACAGUCGGAAAAGCUCCAGCAGUGC